CUCUAGAUUUGAGUGCAUGCGCACUGCCCUCUUCCGGCAAAGCCUUUUUCUGUAGUACGUAAAUCGAACAAGAUGACCGAGGGAACCGCUACUAUCAGAACCAGGAAGUUUAUGACCAAUCGGUUAUUAUGCCGAAAACAAAUGGUCGUCGAUGUUUUACAUCCUGGACAACCGUCGGUGCGUAAAACCGAAGUCCGGGAAAAACUCGCAAAAAUGUACAAAGUUACGCCCGAUGUGGUUUUCGUUUUUGGUUUCCAAACGAAUUUCGGAGGCGGCAAAUCAACUGGAUUCGCUCUCCUUUACGAUACAUUGGAUUUUGCCAAGAAAUUCGAACCUAAAUAUAGGUUAGCUAGGCAUGGACUUUUCGAGAAACAGAAGCAAACCCGAAAACAGAGGAAAGAACGUAAAAACAGAAUGAAGAAGGUCCGGGGUACGAAAAAGAGUAAAGUUGGUGCCGCUGCUAAGAAGUAAAAUUAUCAUCUACUACUAUGGAGACCGUGAUUACUGCGUUCGUGGUGUAAAAAUUAUUGUAAAUUAUUGUCUAAUUUAUGAUAAAAUUUAUAAUGAAUUUUACCCAAUAAAAUCUGUUUUUUUGGGAUACA